AUGGUGAGGCUAAUCCCUAUGGCGGCGUCCUCCAUCCGACCUUCUCUCUCCUCCUUGAGAUGGUUGUUGAGGUUGAUGAGUUUGGAAUUGUUUUUAACAGGUGUUUCGCAGUCGCAGUCGUUUGGUUUUAAAGCUUCGAAGUUGUUGAGGAGUGAUGGUAAGACCAUGGGGGUGGUUGCGAAUGCAGCACAAGCGAGUACAACAGCUUCGCCGGAGAAUGUGCUAGAGUGGGUCAAGCAGGACAAACGGAGGCUUCUCCAUGUUGUAUACCGCGUCGGGGAUUUGGACAGGACCAUAAAAUUCUACACCGAGUGCCUGGGAAUGAAAUUGCUGCGGAAACGUGACAUACCAGAGGAAAGAUAUACAAAUGCUUUUCUUGGAUAUGGGCCAGAGGAUUCCCAUUUCGUCAUCGAACUCACUUACAAUUAUGGGGUAGACAAGUAUGAUAUCGGAACUGCUUUCGGUCAUUUUGGUGUUGCUGUUGAGGAUGUUGCUAAGACUGUGGAACUAGUAAAAGCUAAGGGAGGCAAGGUAACCCGAGAACCUGGUCCAGUGAAAGGUGGAAAUACAGUAAUAGCUUUUGUUGAAGAUCCUGAUGGUUAUAAGUUUGAACUCUUGGAAAGAGGUCCUACACCUGAACCCUUGUGUCAAGUUAUGCUUCGUGUAGGUGAUCUUGAUCGUUCCAUAGCUUUUUAUGAGAAGGCUUUUGGCAUGGAGCUUCUUCGCAAGAGAGAUAAUCCAGAGUACAAGUAUACUAUAGCAAUGCUCGGGUAUGGCCCUGAAGACAAAAAUGCUGUUCUGGAGUUGACAUACAACUAUGGGGUCACUGAAUACAACAAAGGAAAUGCUUAUGCGCAGAUAGCGGUAGGCACAGAUGAUGUCUAUAAAACUGCUGAAGCAAUUAAACUCUGCGGAGGCAAGAUUACCCGGGAACCUGGGCCAUUACCUGGUCUUAACACAAAGAUCACUGCUUGCUUGGACCCUGAUGGUUGGAAGUCGGUUUUUGUGGAUAAUGUUGAUUUCCUAAAGGAAUUGGAGUGAGCGAGAGAAACUUACUGGUAUGAAGACUGUGUCAUUGAUGUUGAAAGCGCGGGCUACAGCUAUUCUCCUAUAGAAUGUAUUAAAUCCCCUUUUGUAGAUAAAAUUAUAAUUAAAUUUCAAUAACCAGUGUAACAAAUAUUUAUCUCAUAAUUAGUUUUGCAGCCUCAUAGUUUAGUUUGAAAAAUUACAGUCGUUUUCUUUGUAAUCAUUUGUUGUGGUUCAGUUGAUCUGUUUAUGUGAUAUAUAGCAAGAAAAGUGGAGACAUUGUUGGUUCAGCAAAGUGCAAUCUCGCAAAGAAGAAUAAUUUCUAAUUG